CAAAGAAGAAGAGUAUCUAGACGACGAAGAAGAAAUGUUAUUAAUCAUGUACAGUACAUUUUAAAACAGCUUUUGAUAAAUGAUCCACCCUAAAAUGAAGGAAGAGGCUAAAACACGAACAUGUCGCCUUUUGGAUUUACCCUGGGAGGAUGUCCUGGUGGCACAUAUUUUAUCCUGUUUACCUUUCAGACAGCUUGUCUGUUUGCAAAGAGUGAACAAGGAGUUCCGCAGACUCAUCCGCCUCUAUUUCGCCAAAUGCAGGAGUUUUGAUCCAAUUCAACUGUCCAUUCCCAAGGAGGCCUUUAGAUUCAUGUUGAAGGACAACAAAGUUCUACAGAAGCUGUCCCUUCAGAGCUGCUCACACUGGCUGACAGAUGACGAGCUGCUCCCAGUUGUCAGCCAGAACCGGCGUCUCCUCACCGUGGACAUGACAGGGUGUGUCCGUCUGACCCGCCACUCCCUGGUGGCUUUGUCUUUGACCCGCUGCCUACACCUGCAGCAUCUCACCCUGGCGCAGUGCAGCUUCGUGGACGGCCUGUCCCUGCGCAGCCUGGCCGACCACUGCGGGGCGCUGCGCUCCAUUGACCUCACCGGAUGCUGCCAGCUGAAGGACGACGCCAUCUGCUACCUGGCCAAGAAGUGUCCAAAGUUAACCUUUCUUUCUUUGGCUGUCAAUGAAAAUAUCACAGAUGAGUCGGUGGAGGAGGUGGCCAAGAACUGCAGGAGCCUCGAGCAUCUGGACUUGAAUUGUUGCCUGCGUGUCAGGAACCAGUCCAUCAGGACCCUUGGAGAGUAUUGCCCCAACCUGCAGUCCUUGAAAGUUAAACACUGUCACCAGGUGACAGAGUCCAGCCUGGAGCCUCUACGCAAGCGCAACGUGCGCAUCAACGUUGAUCCGCCACCAGAGAGGCCGCUCCUUUCGCACGUUCUGCGAUACACUCCUUUUGUCAAUCUACAGGAAAUGGCAUGCCCAAACAAAACACCCUCACUGCCCACAGUCCGAGUGCGACUGCUAAAUAACCUGCCAUGGGGCCAAAGAAAGAAGCAAGUGCCAGCAAUUUGAGGGAAGACGUCCGGGUAGGAGGGGCGUUCAAAGACCCGGUCCAGCGCUUCCAGCUGCUGCUGGGUGAAGGCGUCGGCCCUCAGGUGUUUGCGUAAACUCUCCACACUACCCUGAGAAUCACUGUUUGGGCCAGAACCAUCUGAACCAUCUACGAGAGGAAAGAGCGACCCCGGUAACUUACAGAACUUGAAAUCCCAUAUUCCUUCUGUCAUUCUAAAUUUGUGGCAGAUUAUGUUCUCCCCCGCGGUGAGCCGGAGUGGAGAGGCGAUGAUGUAUGAUAUGCAAGGCCCCUAUUGAUUGUCUGAUCUGGUGGCAAGAGGGAGCUCAAAUGGAUUUGAAAUGAACAUCCUGCCUCAACUCAUUGUGCGUA